AUGGCAAUCAGGGACCCAACAUCACCACCCACGCCACCACCUCUCCCACCUUCACACACUAUCUCUCUCGUCCAACCCUCCCACAAAAACAAACACAAACACAAACCCAAAGUCGUUCGCCUCUUCCGCUCCGUUUUCCGCUCCUUACCCAUCAUAAACCCCGUUUGCAAGUUCCCAACGCUCCCCCCCAACGGUUACCACAAGACCCUUAACGCCGUCAACAACGGCAAAAGAGUCUCCGGCACCUUGUUCGGUUACCGCAAAGGACGCGUUAGCCUCUCCGUUCAAGAAUCCCCGAGGUGCCUUCCUUCGUUGGUGGUUGAGUUAUCCAUGCAAACAAGCAUUUUGCAGAAGGAGAUAGCGGCGGGGAUGGUCAGAAUCGCGCUUGAAUGUGAAAAAAGGGAAGAGAAGGAGAAGACGAGGGUAGUUGAGGAACCGUUAUGGACGAUGUAUUGUAAUGGGAAGAAAAGUGGGUAUGGUGUGAAGAGAGAAGCGACGGAAGAGGACCUUUAUGUGAUGGAGCUUCUGAAGGCUGUGUCAAUGGGUGCUGGCGUGAUUCCGUUGAGAUCAGUUGAUGAUGUAGAUGGAGGAGAUUUGGCUUAUAUGCGAGCUCCUUUUGAGCAUGUUGUGGGGUCUAAGGAUUCUGAGACUCUUUAUAUGUUGAGCCCCGAGGGAAAUACUGGGCCUGAUCUUACUAUAUUUUUUGUCAGGAUUUAA